AUGUCCGCUUACGUCCGUCUCCAGAAGUCAACUUCACCUCAGCACCAAGACGGUCCAUCUGGCUCAUCCGCUGCUUCCCCUUUCACCCCAAGUCUGCCUGCAAUCGCCGGAGGCCCGAGACUUUUGAACCGUAAUCAUCCUCAUGCUCCAUUUCCAGAUGCCGAGACUGAGGCCAUGGCUAUAGAGGCCGGGACUUUACUACGGAAUUGUAAAGACCUAGCCAGGAGCAUCAAAAGUUGGCGGCCCAGCAGAAGCUUUGGAAACACUGGAGUCAACCUGGCGGCCCCAUCUCGCGAAGUUGCUGAUACAAUGGUAGACCAUUACCUGGAUUCAUUCGAAUCGACCUACCGCAUAUUACACAAGCCAACCUUCAGGGCGGAGUAUCAGCGGUUUUGGGACGAUCCAGCUGGUGUCAAAAACGAUUCGCGCCUCAAGAUUCUUCUCGUCAUUGCGAUUGGAUCAAGUUUACAUGACCCUCAAGAAGUCGAGCCAGGAUUCAAACGUCUGGCUCAUCAGUGGAUUUACGCUGCUCAGGCUUGGCUUUCCGGCCCUUUGGAAAAAGAUCGAUUAGGUAUAAACGGCGUCCAGAUUCACUGCUUGACCAUCUUGGCACGGCAUAUAUUAUCGAUUGGAGGCGAUCUAGUGUGGAUUUCCACAGGAACACUUCUCCAUACGGCCAUGCAAAUUGGUUUGCACCGUGAUCCGAGCCACUUGUCAUCAAUGUCAACGUUGCAAGCAGAGAUCCGAAGAAGAAUCUGGUCUACUAUCUUGGAGCUGGUAAUCCAGUCAUCCCUAGAUGCGGCAAUGCCUCCUAGGAUCUCUUUUGAUGAGUUUGAUACUCAACCGCCUGCAAACAUAAAUGAUGACGAAUUAGAAGAGUCGCAAACGGAGCUACGAUCACAUCCGAGGAGCACUUACACGGAUAUGUCGCUACAUCUCCAGCUCAGAGACUCUCUCUUGAGCCGGCUUCGAGUUGUUCAGUUGCUCAAUGGGAUACACCAUGAGUUAUCUUAUCACGUCGCACUGGAGCUCAGCUCGGAGAUUACUCAUGCCUGCAGAACCAACAUCCACUUCGUGAGGCAGCACGAGCGAUUCGGAGUCUCUGUUUUUCACCAAAACUUACUCGAUUUUCUCGUGCGUCGCUUCCUGAUUCCCUUGCACUGCCCGUUCGCGAGCCAGGCACAGACAAAUCCCCUCUUCCAGUACUCGACGAAAGUGACACUGGACGCCACAAUAACCAUUCUGUCACCUGUGCCGGAUGACAAGUUCUCUCGUCUAUUCAGAAUCGCGGGAGGCAUGUUCCGAGAAGGCUACAGGUACGCACUUGCUACCGUCAGCCACGAGUACAUCGCUCAAGCGGAGAUGCAGCACCGUGAUGGAACGUUGCAACGCAACGUCCAACAGAGAGAAUUUCUGAAGAAAACAAUGUUAGAGUUGAUAGAGAUAGCGGCAGAGAGAGUAAGGUACGGAGGCGAGACGAAUAUCAAAGGUCACAUGUUUCUCAAAAUGAUUGUGGCACAAAUAGAAGCCAUGGAAAUGGGCAUCCCAGGAGAUUUGGAGAUUGCGAAGAGCGCGAAAGAAAGUCUAGAAUACUGCCACACCUUGCUCGAGGGUCAAGCAAGCACUGUGACGCCAUGCUCGACGGCCGAAGCAGAUUUUGGAUCCUCUGGACUUGAACACGAACAGGGAGGCUUUGGGUUUGAUUGGGAUUUUGACUUUUUUCUACCCGAAGGAGAUUUUUAG